AUGGGUGGCUCAGCACCACCAGAUAGCAGCUGGAAAGGAGGUCUCAAAGUGCCUUAUAAUGUGGGUCCUGGCUUUACUGGAAACUUCUCUACACAAAAAGUCAAGAUGCACAUCCAUUCCAACAGUGAAGUGACAAGGAUUUACAAUGUGAUUGGUACUCUCAGAGGAGCCAUGGAACCAGACAGAUAUGUCAUUCUUGGAGGUCACCGAGACUCAUGGGUCUUUGGGGGCAUUGACCCUCAGAGUGGAGCAGCUGUUGUUCAUGAAAUUGUGAGGAGCUUUGGAACACUGAAAAAGGAAGGAUGGAGGCCUAGAAAAAAAAUUUUGUUUGCAAGCUUGGAUGCAGAAGAAUUUGGUCCUCUUGGUUCUACUGAGUGGGCAGAGGAGAAUUCCAGACUCCUUCAAGAUCGUGGAGUGGCCUAUAUUAAUGCUGAUUCCUCUAUAGAAGGAAACUACACCUUAAGAGUUGAUUGUACACCACUGAUGUAUAGCUUGGUAUACAAUCUAACAAAAGAGCUUCAAAGCCCUGAUGAAGGUUUUAAAGGCAAAUCUCUUUAUGAGAGCUGGAAUAAAAAGAGUCCUUCACCUGAGUUCAGUGGCAUGCCCAGGAUUAGUAAAUUGGGGUCUGGUAAUGAUUUCGAGGUGUUCUUCCAAAGACUCGGAAUUGCUUCAGGCAGAGCACGAUAUACUAAAGAUUGGAAAACACACAAAUUCAGCAGCUAUCCAUUGUAUCAUAGUGUCUAUGAAACAUAUGAGUUGGUGGAAAAAUUUUAUGAUCCAACAUUUAAAUAUCACCUGACCGUGGCCCAGGUUCGAGGAGGGAUGGUGUUUGAAUUGGCCAAUUCCAUAGUGCUUCCUUUUGACUGUCGAGAUUAUGCUGUAGUUUUAAAAAAGUAUGCUGACAAAAUCUACGAUAUUUCAAUGAAACAUCCACAGGAAAUGAAAACAUACAGUGUAUCAUUUGAUGCACUGUUUUCUGCAGUAAAGAAUUUUACAGAAAUUGCUUCUAAGUUCAGCAAGAGACUUCAAGAUUUAGACAAAAGCAACCUAAUAUUAUUGAGGAUUAUGAAUGAUCAGCUGAUGUUUCUGGAACGGGCAUUCAUUGAUCCUUUAGGGUUACCAGACAGGCCUUUCUAUAGGCAUGUCAUCUAUGCUCCAAGCAGCCACAACAAGUAUGCAGGGGAAUCAUUCCCAGGAAUUUAUGAUGCUUCGUUUGAUAUUGAAAGCAAAGUGGACCCUUCCAAGGCCUGGGAAGAAGUGAAGAGACAGAUUUUGAUUGCAGCCUUCACCGUGCAGGCUGCGGCAGGGACUUUGAGAGAAGUAGCCUAAGAGAUUUCUCUAGAAACCCCAGGUUGAAUUGGAAUGGUAUAUCAAUUGACAAAUUAAGAAAUAAA